AUGGUCAGGGGCGAAUACAAAUCAGAAAGGAGUAGGAAAGUUGGUUAUCAAAAUUUUGGUGGACCUUAUAAAAUCAAGACGGUUUUGGGGACUGAUAUAUAUGAAAUAAAAUCUUUGGACGGCUUAAAGGGGUAUAAGAGAUUUAGAGCCAUAGUGGCUGCUGAUAGCUUGAGAGAAUGGAAAGGUGGUGUCGUUGAUAUUACAGAAAGUGAAAGCGAGAUCAAUUCUACUGAUGAACUAAUUGAUUUGUUAGAAGGUUAG